AUGGCUAAGGUUGCAGAUACACGACGUAAACUGAAAGACAAGUCAAAAAACAAAAUCAAAAUAGGAGUUGUAGUAUACAAGUUUGAAAGACGUUCCUCUACAGACUCUAAAAUACUCACCCCAUGGGCAGUAAAAAUAUUGCAAAAUAAAUGGAGCGACACAAGUAUAGAAGAACAUCUUUAUUUUGAAGCCGAGGUCCUACGACAAUUGGAUCAUUCCAACGUUGUUGGUUUCAAAGCGUUCGUCAAAGGAGAAGAUGGACAGCCUUGCUUGGCUAUGGAAGCACUGGAUACGUCACUUGGUCACAAAAUUGAGGAGAGACGGAAGAAGUACUUAGGGAAGAAACCAUUCUCAGCUAACGACAUUAUAAUAGUCGGUUUUGAAACUAUAAAAGGUCUGGAGUAUUUACAUCAUAAUGCACACAUAUUACAUGGAGAUAUCAAAAGUUGGAACAUUUUGGUGACCAAUGAUCUCAACACAAUUAAACUGUGCGAUUUUGGAAAUUCUUUACCCCUGACAGAAUCAUUAGAACAGGAUACGUCAACAUGUAAUUAUAUUUAUACUGGGACAUGGCCUUGGAAUCCUCCUGAGGUUAUAUUUGAAAAUAGACCUGCAGUGACAAGUGCUGCUGAUAUUUGGUCAUAUGGCCUUGUCCUUUGGGAAAUGUUAACUUUAUCAACACCUCACCUUGAAAAUAUAAGCGUUGAUUCUAGUAGUAGCGAUGAAUUUGCUAGUAUUAACACAAGAAGGCAAAAGUGGACAAGGAACUGUAAAUUUGGUACACGUCCAGCUAUAUCUAAUGGUUUGGGCGAAGAUUAUCAAAAGGUAUUGGAAAUAUUUUUUGCGUGUACCACAAAUUGUUACCUAUUGAGACCCAGUGCAAAAGCACUAGUGAACUCUUACGAACAUUUUGCAGAUGUGGACAAAAUAGUACGUUAA